AUGAAAGCAAAACUAUCUCGAUCGGACUCGUUUUUAAAAGUUUCCAAUUCUUUGUGGACGUUAACAGUCUAUUCAGCAAGAUUGUUUAGCAAACAAUUUAAAACCUUUCAUUGUUUUGAUCAACUUCAUCAUGAUCAACACGGUCUUGAAAAUAGGGUUAAAGCAAAGGAAUUUCCUAGACAUGACCCAGGGAUGGAUUUAGAAGCACCGAUAAGCACGAAUCAGCAAAUUUGUUUCUACUCGAUUGAACAAUCGAGAAAGGCUCUAGCUAGCGGCAAGACUCUUUCUGGAGCAAAGCUAACACCAACAAGUAUGGCAACACAUCAUCUCAAAAGACUCAACACUCUUCAAGGAUACUACCACACUCACAUCAGAAUUCCAUCCAUGAAAGAAAUGGAACAACAAUUGAUGGAGUUACCAAAAGAUCUUAGCGGUAUAUUUUACCAUAACAUUGACAUCCAACAAACGCUUUCAAACUAUUGUCUUACAGAAAACAUUAAGGAGUUGACCGCUUGCCUUAGUAAUACAAUAUGUGUUUUAGAAACUAUUCUUAGAAUGAAUGGAGGAAUCAAUUUAGGUCAGACAACUGUCCCUCCAUUCGGAAUGAUUAGAAAUCCUUUCAACCCUUCAAAUAGUUUGAGCUCUGGAGGAGCAGCUGCUAUAGCAGCUGGUGUUGGUAAUGUGGCUAUAGCAUGUGAUGCUGCUGGUUCAAUAGCAGUCCCAACUGGCUUCUCAGGCAAUGUUGGAGUGAAACCCUCUUCUGACACGAGGCUAUUUGAAGGUACAAAAUGCGGUCAUAAUGGGGUGUCGAUUGGUACGAUCACUAGAAGUAUAGACGACGCCGCAUUGGUCUGGGAGUCUUUAAUCCCUCAAGAUGGAGACGAUGGUUUGAAUACAGAGUAUACAUUGUCACGAUGGGCCAAGUUUUGCAAAAAACAUGGCUGUCGUGAGUUUGAAGAAAAACGAAUUUGUUUUAUUUCAAACUUCCCAUGGUGUUGCGAUUUGGAUUCCUGCAUCCAACACUCAUUUGACGAUCUUGUGAACACUGUAAAGACAGACUUCUUCAACGUCACCUAUUUAAGCAAACAUGAUUUUAACUUUGACGACCAAGAUACCAUUAUGGAGAUAUUGAAGCUUUGUAAUGUUAAGUUAAAUGAUGAAAGAGUUAAACAAGUAGAGCUGCACUCUUCGUCCGUUGCAAUAACCUAUGAAGAUACUAGGAAGGUGCAGUCGAAAACUGGAAUGGGAAUUGAAGGCUUAUUUCAGACCUAUGAUUUUCUUGUAAUACCAGUCAGUACUUGUGUUGCUUGGAAAGUUGAUCAUGAAAAACCAAUAUCCACCUCAACAGAUUUAUGUUUCAAUUUGGCACAAUAUUUCAACCUUGUGGAUUGUCCUGUAAUUACUCUUCCGUUGGGCGAGGAUCACGAUUUUGUUCCUUAUGGAGUUCAAAUCGUUGGAAAACCAAGAUCUGGCACGAAGGGGCUAUACGAUUUGUUUGGAUUUUCAAGUGUACUAUCACCAUACACCAAGUACAAUCCCCCUGAAAUAUCGGUCACAUCCUUGAAAUAUUGUGCCCAUGAAGAUGAAUAUGGGUUUCCUUGCAAUAUUAAUGGCUAA